AUGUCAUUCGCCAAGAACCCCCAAAGACGACCCCCACCUGCCGGGUCGAACAACCCCACCUCGUCGCGUCAACCGUCAACCGUCGACGCUUUCACCGUUCACCGCGUCGCACCUCACCAGCUCCCAUCCCAUCUGCUAGACCCCGCCGCCAUCGUCAACCUCGAGCCGCCCCGACACCCGAUCGAUGAGCGCACCAUGGCCCACGCCGCCCAGCUCGGCGCCCUGACCGAGGAGCUCGUCGAGCUCGUCACCUCCACCCCCUGCCGAAAACAGAACGCACCCCAUCGCUUCAACCGCUGCCGCGAAGCCUCCAUCCGCACCCUGCGGCACCACAACUUUCUCCGCACGAACCAGUUCGACGUCGAGAACCGCCUCGCCGGCCUCGAGGAGCGCUUCAGCGUCCACCACCGCGACGGCCUCGCCCGGGCCCUCCGCCAGAGCCUCGACGCCUUCGCCCCGCUCCGCACCAAAUGGGCCCCCGACAUCCUCCACUUUCUCCUCGAGAUCGCCGACCAGCCUGCGCAGAAGACGGACCUCCAAGACCUCGCGCUCCUGCGCCGGCCGAAAGAAGGGGCCGGCCCGCCGCUCACGUGGGAGGACAUUGCCAGGGAGGACGGGUGGCAUCGCGAGCCGGAUCUGUGGCGGUCCGUAGACUUUCGCGACAGCUCCGACGAUGAGGACUAUCAGGACAACACGUCCGGCGCGGGCCACGACUCGGACGACACGUCCGUUGCGGCCUCGGACGCGCUCGCUGUACGGCGGCCCGAGGAUUGUCAGGUCGAGACGCGGCACGAUGCUGCCUUGCAGGCGGUGCAGCAGAGCCAGUCGUGGCGCCUGCCAGACGGGCACCAGCAACCCUCGGCAGGGCCGUCGCGCAAGAUGGCCGUGUCCGAGUUUCACAUGAUCAGAGAGGCACUGUUCAUGCUCCAGGGACUGGAGACAUCAUUGUUUCAGAAGCACGGCCAGCCGGACCCUGCGUACCAGGUGGCCAGCAUGGCGUGGGAGACGUGCAAGGCACUCGUCGGCUGGUUCGCCGAAGCGGGACGCCGCCUCGCCGUGCUGCGGUCCUUUGCGAGCCGGAGGCAGACGAUGCCGCUGUUGCAGGUCUUUCACGCCAAUGUCAUGACGAGCCUGCAGUCGUUUGACAAGGAACUAUCACGGAUCCAGCAUCGCCUGAUCGCCCCGCCGCGAGACACCGUCGUGAGUUCCAUCGCCCUGCAGCGCGAACUCGGUCCGCACCUCGAGCCCCUCAAUGCGCUGUCCGACAUUGUGCGCCAGCUCGAGGAGGGGUCCCAGGUCGGCGCCUUUCGAUACCUCGAGCUGCUCUACCAGCACGUCGGCGCCGCGCAGGCCGCCGGCAAGGACGGCACGUACGAGUUUCUGGGCCGCAUGUUCUUCGAGUGCUUCCAGAUGUACCUGCGCCCCAUCCGGCUCUGGAUGCACGAGGGCGAGCUGCUGCCGGCCGACAAGAUCUUCUUCGUCGCCGACUCGGUCUCCCAGGUACCCCUGAACCAAAUCUGGCAGGAGCAGUUCAAGCUGAGGCGCACAUCCGACGGCAAGCUGCAUGUGCCCAACUUUCUAGAGCCCAGCGCCGCCAAGAUCUUCACGGCCGGCAAGAGCAUCGUCGUGCUGAAGCAUCUGGGCAAAUACGAGUCGACCCGCGCCCAGUGGAACAGGCCGGAGCCCCUGUUGACCUUUGACGCCGUCUGCCCUGAGGGGUCUGACUUUGCGCCCUUUAACGAGCUCUUCGGCUCGGCGUUCGGCUCCUGGAUCCAGAGCAAGCAUCACGCGACAUCCGAGGCGCUGAAACAGGUCCUCUUCGCAUCCUGCGACUUGUGGUCCAACAUUGACGCGCUGGAGUCGCUGUACUUCAUGUCGGAUGGCUUCGUCGCCGAUGCCUUUGCGCGGAACCUGUUUGCCAGGAUCGAUGCCGCCAAGCCCGACUGGCACGACCGCUACCUGCUGACAGGGCUCGCGCAGGAGGCUUUCUCCUCACGCGUCGACGCCCAGCGCCUUUCCGUGACGGUCGACGCCGACGGCCAGAAGGCGCCCGUCGCCCGCAGCAGGGACUCGGUCCGUAAGCUGCUGCCCACCCUGGUCGUGGCCUACCGCUUUGCGUGGCCCAUCCAGCUGAUCAUCACAAGCGAGUGUCUGGCCCGCUACCAGGCCGUCUUUACUUUCCUGCUGCAGAUCCGGCGCGGGGUCACGCUCCUGGGGACGAACCGUUCAUUCGACAGCUACGUCGCCGACCAGGAGGAUUGGCACGAGCAAGCCACAUACUACCGCCUCCGCUCGAAACUGCUCUGGUUCUGCAACUGCGUGCAUACCUACCUGUCGACCCUCGUGCUGGCGCCGACCAUGGCCAGGCUGCGCAAGCAGCUCAGGGACGCACACGACGUCGACGCCAUGAUUGGCGUGCACCUGGCCGUCACCCGACAGGCCAUGAACGCUGCCUGCCUGGGCAGCAAAUUGGGUCCCAUCCGGGAAACAAUCCUCGACGUUCUCGACCUGAUCAUCAGACUUGAGCGCGCAGAGCGGCACAGGGCGGCGCAGGAAGCCGAAGAGAGGCACGAGCUGUCGCGGUUGUCGGUCAUGUCUUCACCGCCGCCAUACCAGCAGCGGGGCGGCACACCGAAGAGGGCCCGGCCCGCUCGGUGGGUGCAGGACAGCGACGACGACGGCGUCGACCAAGAACUAGACACAAACGAGGAUACGGGAGAGAGAGAGGAUCGUCAUCAACGUCAUCGUCAAGGUCGAGGUCCCGCGGCGGAAUCCUCGGGACACCAGGACGAAACGUACACUGCGAUCUUGGCAGGGAUCAGCGGCGACCUCGAGAGGCACAUGAGAUUCAUCUGCGGGGGCCUGCGGGGGGUCGCGCGGGCGUCAAGCGACGAGGCGGCUGCCAAGUGGGAUAUGCUUGCAGAAAUGUUGGAGUCUGGUGUUGGCGGGGAGCUGUAG